AUGGAAAUAAGAUACGAAAAGAGUCAAACAAUUGAUAAAAGUGUGCAAGAACAAAUCAAUAGAGAUAGAGAAUAUUGGAGACAAGUAUUACUGAGAAUAAUAUCUGUGGUGAAAACUCUUGCUGAUUUAGCAUUUCGUGGAGAUAAUGAGAAGAUAUAUCAAGAAAAUAAUGAUACAAGUCACGAAGAACAAAUGUCUAUACUAUUGAGGUGUGUAGAUAUUUCGGCAAGUCCGGUGAAGGUUGAAGAAUUCUUUUUAGGGUUUUUAUUGGUGGAUGAUACAUCGGGUAAGGGAUUUUUUGAUGAACUGGUGGAUGCUUUGAAUAAUUUAGAACUUGAUAUUGAUAAUAUAAGGGGUCAAGGCUAUGAUAAUAGUGCUAACAUGAAAAGACAACAUAAAGGAGUUCAAAGUAAAUUAUUACAACUAAAUCCUAGAGCAUUCUACAGUCCUUGUGGAUGUCAUAGUCUUAAUCUGGCACUUUGUGAUAUGGCCACUUGUUAUUCAAAAGCUAAAUCUUUCUUUGGGGUGGUGCAACAUAUAUACACUUUAUUUUCUUCAUCUACUAAACGGUGGAAAAUUUUCAAAGAGAAUGUAACUGGUCUUACCCUUAAGCCCUUGUCACAAACUCGGUGGGAAAGUCAUAUUGAAAGUGUUAGAGCGAUAAGAUUUCAAGCUUUGCAGAUAAAAAAAGCAUUACUUCAAUUAGCAAAUAUUGAUGAUUCUAAGACAAAAAGUGAGGUGGAGUGUUUGGCAACAUAUGAAAUUGACAAUUUUGAAUUCUUACUUGGGAUGAUUAUUUGGUAUGAAGUGUUGAAUAAUAUUAACAAAGUAACCAAACAUUUGCAAACUGAAGACAUGCAUAUUGAUGUUGCUAUAGACCAUUUAAAAGGCCUCAUUUCAUUUUUCAAAGGUUAUAGAGAAUUUGGUUUUGAAUCGGCCAUGGUAGAUGCUAAAAAGAUUGCAAGUGAAUUAGAAAUUGAACCGAUAUUUCGUGAAAAACGGAAUUAUUUAGCGAUAUCUGAAGACAUAUUUGGAGCAAUUGAUGUAUUGGAUUACAUUAAAGGAAUGAACUAUUGUUUUGCAAAUGCCUGGAUUGCUUAUAGAGUAUUAUUGACCAUUCAUGUCAUAGUUGCCUCUGCUGAAAGAAGUUUUUCAAAGUUGAAAUUGAUUAAGUCUUAUCUUCGAUUAUCCAUCUAA